AUGCGCUUUCACAUCGUGGGCGGAUUUGGCGCCAUCGGCACUCUCGUCACAUACUAUCUCAGACACGCUCUUCCACGCACCAAUGCCAUCACUGUCCUCCACAAAGAACCAGGUAUUGCCAGAGCAUCUCGGAGGGGAGACGGACGGGCCAUCAUCGAGACAAAUGGGGUAGUUCGCUGGGAGAAGGAUAUCAGCCAUGAUCAGAUCCAAAGUUACUCCGACUCCGGUCGUGAAGAGUAUGUUGCGCGUCGCCUCGAGGCUGCUGCUGCUCUUGGAGAAGAGCAGCCAUUGUUCCAGGAAGAGGAGCCUGUACACACUAUCGAAUCUCUCAUCCUCGCAAUCAAGGCGAACGUCGCCAUCUCCAUUAUCAAGCAGCUCGUUCCCCGUUUGACUGCCGACAGCACCAUCGUACUCCUGCACAACGGCAUGGGCGUGUACGAGGACCUGCUCAAAAACGUCUUCCGCAAUCCGGAGCAUCGGCCGCAUAUUGUCGUUUCCUCUAACACUCAUGGCGCGUGGUCGAAGAGGCGUGGGUACUCGGUGCACUCAGGAGUGGGGAGUAUCCAUCUGGGGAUCACGCCAGACGGUCACGGUCGCGAUUUCGAGGCAAGUGUACGGUCUACCUUGCCCAAGGCUCUCCAACGGACCAAUCUGGACGAUAUAACCUCAGGACCCGACGAUCCGGCCCAUGCACGCUAUGCGUCCCUCCGGAAUACGAUAGAGGCGUUCACCAUGGCUGAAGGGUUGCAUGCUUCAUGGAGGCCAGUACACGACGUCCAGAUGGCGAUGCGCCGCAAGUUGGUCGUCAACUCGGUCGUAAAUCCGCUUACCGCUCUGCUCAAUUGCAAAAACGCGGACAUAUUUACGGUUCCCGGUGGCGAGCGCCUGUGCGAGGCGUUGUGCAAAGAGGCCUCGCACGUGUUCCACGCUCAGUGGAAGGAGGAGAUGAAGGAUGAGGUCUCCGUUACCGGCAAUUCGAUGUUUCCGCGGGAGUUGACGACAUCAGCUUUGGUCCAGGAGUGCAAACGCGUGGUGGAGAUCACAGGAUCGAACAUGUCGUCCAUGCUCGUCGACGUGCGGAGGUCGAGAAAUACGGAGCUGGAUUAUCUGAACGGUUACAUCAUGCGUCUAGCGCAACAGUAUAAGGUGCCCGUCCACGGAAUGGCCGCGAUCAUCAACUUGAUGCAAUUGCGUUGCGCCAUCCCACUUGAUAACAUACAUCCAUUCCAUGAGGUACUGUAG